AUGAGGGUCUGGGCCUGCCUCCUCGCGGCUCUGAUGGGGAUCCAGGCUGUGGAGCGGCUGCGCCUGGCCGAGGGCCCCCACGGGUGCGCGGGCCGCCUGGAGGUGUGGCACGCCGGCCGCUGGGGCACCGUGUGUGACGACGGCUGGGACCUGCGCGACGCGGCGGUGGCCUGCCGGGCGCUGGGCUGCGGGGCCGCGCUGGCCGCCCCCGGGGGCGCCUUCUUCGGGGAGGGCGCGGGGCCCGUGUGGCUCAGUGAGCUGGCCUGCCGGGGCCGCGAGGGCCAGCUGGGCCUCUGUCCGCACCGGGGCUGGAAGGCCCACAUCUGCUCCCACGAGGAGGACGCCGGCGUGGUCUGCGCAGGUCAGCGUGUGGCCGACUCGAGGGACAGGGACGCGGCCCCUUUGCUCCCGGAUGGAGACCCCUGGCUGGGCCUGACGCGGGUGCUGAGCGCCAGCUCCGAGGAGCCCCCUGUCACCCAUGCCCCCCGCCUGGCCGGGACGCCCCAGAGCGGCCCCCGGAAGAAGAGCCCCCGGCCCCCCAAGCAGGCCACGUCCACCAGGGCCCCCGUGCUGACGGCUGGAGCCCCCCACCAGGAGCGGCUGCGCCUGGCCGAGGGCCCCCACGGGUGCGCGGGCCGGCUGGAGGUGUGGCACGCCGGCCGCUGGGGCACCGUGUGUGACGACGGCUGGGACCUGCGCGACGCGGUGGUGGCCUGCCGGGAGCUGGGCUGCGGGGCCGCGCUGGCCGCCCCCGGGGGCGCCAGGUUUGGGCCGGGCGCCGGGCCCGUGUGGAUGGAUGAUGUGGGCUGCGGGGGCGGAGAGCAGGCUCUGCGGGACUGUCCCCGCAGCCCCUGGGGCCGGAGCAACUGUGACCACAGCGAGGAUGCGGGGCUGGUCUGCACAGGCCCGGCCCCCCAGCUGCGCCUGGCCGAUGGCCCCCACGGGUGCGCGGGCCGGCUGGAGGUGUGGCACGCGGGGCGCUGGGGCACCGUGUGUGACGACGGCUGGGACCUGCGCGACGCGGCGGUGGCCUGCCGGGCGCUGGGCUGCGGGGCCGCGCUGGCCGCCCCCGGGGGCGCCUUCUUCGGGGAGGGCGCGGGGCCCGUCCUGCUGGACGAUCUUCGGUGCCGGGGAAACGAGUCAGCCUUGCGCUUCUGCCCGGCGAGGCCCUGGGGCCAGCACGACUGCCACCACCGCGAGGACGCGGGCGCCGUGUGUGACGGUAUGCCUCUCGGGCACGUCCCCCCCACGGCACCCGCCCCGGGCAGCGACAGCUCCGCACCCCGAGAGGCGCCGUCCGAGCCCCCGGCCCCCGCGCUGAGCCCGGCCCCGCCGACGGAGGGCGGCUCGCCCCGGCCCACCCCGGCCGGCCCCUGGGAGCCCGGACCCGAAGCCGGGUCCCCGCGGCUGCGCCUGGUGGCAGGGCCCAGCAGGUGCGCCGGCCGGCUGGAGGUGUGGCACGCCGGGCGCUGGGGCACUGUGUGUGACGACGCCUGGGACCUGCGGGACGCGGCCGUGGCCUGCCGGGAGCUGGGCUGCGGGGCCGCCCGGCCGCCAGACCCUGCCACUGGCCGCUUUGGCUGGGGCGCUGGGCCCAUCUGGCUGGACGAUGUGGGGUGUGUGGGCACGGAGGUGGCGCUGUCUGACUGCCCUGCUGCCCCCUGGGGGAAGCACAACUGUGCUCACAACGAGGACGUCGGCGUCACCUGCACUGGGGCCCCUGGCCUGGACUCCAUCUCGGACCCCUUCAGCUGGAGCUGGAUCCCUGGCCUGGGCAAAGAUCUGGACGCCUGGCUCCCCGGGGAGCUGGCCACUAAGCCCUCGGCCAGGCUGACCCCCCGUGUUCCCGAGAGAACCACCAAGGCCCCGGGCAAGACACCCAAGAGUACUAAGAAGUGGGCAACCAAAAAUGCCAAGAAGCCAACCUCCCAGCCCCCAGAGACGCCGGUCAGCAGGCAUUCUCGGGUCCCCGGCACACUGCGCCCCCUGGAACCCGCCUCCCGGGCCUCCACCAGCGUAAGCACGCAGGCCCCACAGACCACUGUGAUGAGGCCCUCCCGGCCCCCCAGGGGCCGCACCCCCAAGACCCGGGCCACGCUGGCCACGCCUGGUGCCCGGGACGGGAGCCCCCAGGCCUCCAGCAAGCAGACCCCCAUGGGCUCUGCGGAGCCGGCGACAGAGACCCCUGCAGGCUCGCCAGCGCCACCCAAAGACGCUGCCCCCACGGGGAGCCCCUCCGGGGGGCCAGGCCCGUUCCGGGUGCGCCUGGCCGAUGGGCCCGACCGGUGCGCGGGCCGGCUGGAGGUGUGGCACGCCGGGCGCUGGGGCACCGUGUGUGAUGACGGCUGGGGCCUGCGGGACAGCACCGUGGUCUGCCGGGAGCUGGGCUGCGGCCGCGUCCGGCCCCGGGUGGGCAAAACGCACUACGGCCCGGGGACGGGGCCCAUCUGGCUGGACGACGUGCGCUGCACGGGGGCCGAGGCCUUGCUGAGCGACUGCCCCGCCAGGGCGUGGGGGCAGCACAACUGCGACCACGAGGAGGACGUGGGGCUCACCUGCACAGGCUAUGCCGAUGCCGAGGACUACCCACCCUGGACCUGGGACCCCACCUCGGGGGAGGACCUGGCCAGGGGGACCACGGCUGUGGGGGUGCCUGAGCACGGGCUCCCCACGGGCGGCACUGGCAGCCCCGGGGCCCCCUCCCCAGCAAGCAGGAGCCUUCCAGAUACAGGUGAUGCCCGUGGUGAUGAGGCCUCCUGGACUUGGGACACACCUUCAGGAGGGCCCGUUGCCAAGGGGACCCCCACGGCAACCGUACCCGGACCCACUCUCACCGCAGGGACCACUGGAAGCCCCUCUGCAGCCCCGAGGGACCAUGGGGACACAGGUCCUGCGGGGAAACUGAGGCCCGAGCGCCGGCUGCUGCCGCCCACGGCGGGCAGGGCCGCACCCCCCACCCCCUCCCCGGCUCCCUCCACCUCGCCUGGACACCCGGGCCCACCACUGACCUCCGAGCCCGCGCCCCAGCGCAUCCCGGCUUCCACAGGGGAGGUGACCUCCGACCCUCCUGGCACGUGGCCCCCCAGCCCUGACCUGGCCUCCUGGAUGAACUCCGACCCCGGCUCCACUACCCCAGGCCUUACUUGGGCCACCCCCGAAGCCACCGCUUUAACCCGGGAGCCGUCACCCACCCCACCACCCACCUUGCGCAGAGAACCAACCUCCGGCCACUCUGUACCAGCAGGGGUGACCCGCCUCUCCCCCACCUCAGAGCCGACCCCAGAAUCUGACACGGCCCCAGGCUGGGUCGCAGCUCCGCACCCCAACACGGCCCCGGAAUCUUUUGGAUCCCAGGACCCGGCCACACGCCCUCUCCCCACCACCACCCUUCACUCCAACACGACCUCUCACCACUCAACCCCGCUUCUCCCCACCGCAGCCCCUCCUCCGGCCACAGCCCCGGACCCUGCCAUGCCCGCUCACCCCACUGCCACCAGCCCCCCGCUCCCCUCCACCCCGCAUCCCCCUGUGACACCGGCAGCCACUGCACCCACUGUGAGCACCGUCCAGGUCCCCUUGGGGACGGACAUCCUCGUACCAGCACUGGCCACCGAGCCCGGCCCGCACCCCCAGCUGCCCUCCACGGGGGCCCCUCACCCCUCCACACCCCAGACGUCCAGUCUGGAGCCCUCUCCAGCCUCUGAAGCCAGCCCCUCCAGGCCCUCUCCAGACCCGGGAAUGGACCCGCAGGUCCCCGAGGACGUCACACCGCCCAGAAGGCAGAGCUCCAAGCCGAGCCCGCUGCCCCCCCACUCCACCUUGGCCCCCACUGGGGACCCCACCCUCCCCCUCUCCCCGCUGGCUCACCCCUCCUCGGCCCCGCCCUCUCCUGACCCCCCGGCCCCCCUGCCAGCCCCUGAGCCCACAGGCCCCCUCGGCCCGUGUGUGGCCACCGUGCCGCCUGUCCGGGUCAUGGCCUGCGAGCCGCCCGCGCUGCUGGAGCUGGUGGCCGCCGUCAGGGACGUGGGCGGCCAGCUGCGGAGGCUGACCCAGGCGUUGGAGCAGGACCAGCAGGAGCGCCGUGCGCUGGGCUUGGGACUGACCCAGUGGGCCGAGGCCGCUCAGGGUCUGGGGCGGCUGGGCGAGGCGGUGAUGAGGCUGGCUGCGACAACCUGGCCCCCCAGCACCCCGGCCCCGGCCGCCACCACCCUGGAGGAGGAGGAGCGGCCUCUGAGGGGGGAUGUGUGAGGUGGAGGCGCCAAAGCUCAGCCCGUGUCGCCGUGAAGACAAGAUGGCCGCGCCGAGGGGGGUGGGCGGUGGGCCCGGGACUUGUAACCCAAUGUGACCUCAAUAAAAGCUCCCGUGAGCGCCUGGGGCCGGCCCCGCUCACGGGGGGAGU